CUAACCUCAGUGCCUCACAGCUUAUUCUCUCUCUCUCUCUCUCCUAAGUCCCCAACUUGCUUGGAAAAAACACACUUCAGGGUUCAAGGCAGAGAGAGGAGAGCCGCCUUUCUUUUCUGUUUCUCUUUCUCUUCCUCUCUCUGUUUCUCUUUCUAUCGGCAGACCCAGAAAGCCAUUUAGCAUUCAGGUGCUACUGUGUUUUCAGAUGUUACGAGCAAAGCAGAUCAGUAACCUUUCCAGUAGUGCUAGAUCCUUCUUUUUCAAUGGAUCACGAUGUGGUGCGGCAGAUGGAAGUUCAUGCACUUGCUCUGAUGAUGAAACUUGUGUUUCAAGAGUUCAGCGUAAAAGAAAUGAAGUUCUACUUGCUCAAAAGCCAUCCGCCUUAGUAUCCACACCUUCAGGCAGGGUAGGAACCUUAAUUUCUGGAGAGUCAGUUAAAGUGAUAGGUCCUCAGAAGGCUGAGAAUGUUGAUCAUGCAAGCCCCCUAAAACAAGUUGUUUCUGCCCCCAGUUCUUUGGGAAGAUCAGAUUGUGUAAGUUAUGCUAUUGUCACUGAUUCUGCUCAGAAGGAUUUGGUACAGUCGCCUCUUAUUGCUGAUCAGUUUGUUAAGGCUGGUAUUGCUGCAGUAACUUUUCUGUCUGAUAUAGUUAACUAUAAGAUCCCUCUAUCAGAUGGAAAUGGAAUACUAAACUCGCCCAUGAACUGUAUGGUCGAUCCUACUAGGCCUCUCUCUGGCAUCAAAUCAUCAAAUGUAAGACACAUAAAAAGAGAAAACUUUUCCAGUGUUCAUCCAAAACCGUCUGCACCAAUAGCAGCUGGGUCAAACCAUGCAACAAACAAUCAUGCUACAAGGGGUAAAGGUGAUAAAUCCAAUGUUGUUAAUGGUCUCAGGCAUGUUCAGUACACUGGGUCAGGGAAUUCGGUGGCAAGUCAUCGUAUACCUUCAGAUAAUCAUGAGAAGACUGUACCACAGAGAGGAAGAGCUCAUUCAAACCACUUCCCAUCAAAUUUUAAGUCAAACGUGCAGACUUCAGAUACAGGAAUUGUAGGGUCUAACAGCAGAGGUUUCAACAAGCCCCCCAGAGAUAUGAAAAUGGCAACAGGAAUUGCUCCAAUUAGGAGGCCGGUUGCAAAUACUGGGCAUGUUGCGGAAAGUGUUCAUAACAUACUGCAACAAUUGAAAUGGGGCCCUGCAGCUGAAAAGGCUCUUGGAAAUCUCAGAUGUUCAAUGGAUGCAUUUCAGGCAAACCAGAUUCUCAAACAACUUCAAGACCACUCCGUUGCUCUUGGUUUUUUCAAUUGGUUGAAACGACAACCAGGGUUCAAGCAUGAUGGACACACUUAUACCACCAUGGUUGGCAUUCUUGGUCGUGCCAGACAGUUUGCUGCAAUAAACAGAUUGCUUGAUCAGAUGGUGAAGGAUGGAUGCCAGCCUAAUGUUGUGACAUAUAAUCGUUUGAUUCAUAGUUAUGGCCGUGCAAACUACUUGAAGGAAGCGCUCAGUGUUUUCAAUCAAAUGCAGGAAGUAGGGUGCAAACCUGACCGUGUCACUUACUGCACACUCAUUGACAUCCAUGCAAAAGCUGGGUAUUUGGAUGUUGCAAUGUGCAUGUAUGAAAGAAUGCUAGAGGCUGGCCUUUCUCCUGACACAUUCACUUACAGUGUCAUAAUAAACUGCCUUGGGAAAGCUGGGAACUUGACUGCUGCCCACAAGCUAUUCUGUGAGAUGAGAGAUCACGGCUGUGUUCCUAAUUUAGUCACCUAUAAUAUCAUGAUUGCUUUGCAAGCCAAAGCAAGGAACUAUGAGACUGCCUUGAAUCUUUAUCGUGACAUGAAGAAUGCGGGAUUUGAACCUGAUAAAGUCUCUUACAGCAUAGUGAUGGAGGUGCUUGGCCAUUGUGGGUACCUUGAGGAAGCAGAAGCAGUCUUUGUAGAAAUGAAACGGAAAAACUGGGUCCCAGACGAACCUGUUUAUGGUCUUUUGGUGGACUUGUGGGGGAAGGCUGGGAAUGUUGAGAAGGCCUGGGAGUGGUAUCAAUCGAUGCUCUAUGCAGGUUUGCGACCUAAUGUGCCCACCUGCAAUUCCAUGCUCAGUGCUUUCCUUAGGGUACACCGAUUGCCAGAUGCCUAUAACUUGCUCCAGAGUAUGGUGGGUUUAGGCCUAAACCCUUCUUUGCAAACUUAUACCUUGCUCCUCAGUUGUUGUACAGAAGCACAGUCAUCAUAUGACAUGGGGUUUUGCUGUGAGCUCAUGUCCAUCACGCGUCACCCUGCACAUGCAUUUCUACAGUCCAUGCCAGCAUCAGGACCGGAUGGUCAAAAUGUGAGGGAGCAUGUAAGCCAUUUCUUGGACAUGAUGCAUACUGAAGAUAGAGAGAGCAAGAGGGGACUUGUAGAUGCAGUGGUAGAUUUUCUACACAAGUCGGGGCUCAAGGAGGAGGCAGGCUCAGUUUGGGAGGUGGCUGCACAAAAGAAUGUAUAUCCAGAUGCUGUCAGAGAGAAGAGCUCCUGUUAUUGGCUUAUUAACCUUCAUGUAAUGUCAGAUGGUACAGCCGUCACAGCAUUGUCAAGAACACUUGCUUGGUUUCGCCGGCAAAUGCUAGUGUCAGGGAUAGGUCCCCAUCGGAUUGAUAUUGUAACUGGAUGGGGCCGGCGGAGCAGGGUGACAGGAACAUCUUUGGUGAGGCAAGCUGUACAGGAACUGCUGAGUAUAUUUAGCUUCCCAUUUUUCACAGAGAAUGGAAAUUCUGGGUGCUUUGUGGGAUGUGGAGAGCCUCUUAAUAGAUGGUUGCUUCAAUCUUAUGUUGAGAGGAUGCAUCUACUAUAGCUGGUGAUGAUUUUGUUCUACUCUUGAUUAUAAGCUUAUUCUUGAGCACAGUUUUGUUGGGCAGGAAAUAGGAGCUGAGUUGCACUGCCUCACGAAUUAGAAUUUUUCUAUGUAUUUGACCUUGGUCUUAUGUGCAGCUACUAUAAAUUAAAUGGCAAAUAUGUCAAUUUUCUUAGGUGUCA